AAAACUUCCAACAAAUCAAGAAUGCAGUCUCAACACCUACGUAGUAUCGCUUUCAGGCUCGUCUUGAUGAGCUAACACAAUUUCACGAAUGAUUUGAGCAAUUGCUUCAGGAUGUAUAUUAUUUUCGCAUAGACUUACGCAAAGAGAAAGAGCUGUUUUGUCUAACCCCACGCCUAGCAAAGUUCCUAUUUCGUGUAAGAUAUCUAUGGUUUCCUUGGCUGAAUCGGCUGAGGACAUGAAAAGGAUUAACAAAAGAAAAGAAAGAACAAGCUUCUUCCUUGGCAGUACUAUAAGUUUAAUCUAGCAACUUUUUGCUAAUGAAAAGCUGUAGUUUCCUUAGUCACAAGGUGCUUUCAGCAUGGUGUAGUAUAGUGGGUAUAGGUCUCAAAUAUAUAUUUACUUUCUCAUAUAGAAGCCAGCCUUGUUUCUUAUAGGAAUGAUCCUUUUUGUUUGAAAGUUAUUUAGUAUAAAAGAUAUUUACGUAAAUUUAGUUGACUCAUUCGCCUUGUUCUAGCUUUACUCUGUAAAAGGAUGCCAUGUUUCCACUUUCAGCUGAAUCGUAUAUUUUGAAAGAGAAAAUUGGAUCAGGAUCUUUCGGCAUUGUCUGGAGGGCAAUUGAAAAGUCCUCUGGUACUAUUUUGGCUGUCAAACAGAUUGAUUUGGAAGCGUCUGUGGAUGAUAUAGCUGAAAUUGAACAAGAGGUUUUAAUGCUUUCUAAUUGCAGUCAUCCUAAUGUUAUACGGUAUUACGGGUGCUUCGUCCAAGGACAUGUCCUUUGGAUACUAAUGGAACAUAUGGAUGGAGGUUCUGUUUCUGGGCUUCUAAAAAAGCAAGGUCUUGAAGAAGGAAUGAUAUCUAUAAUAUUACGAGAAACCCUGAAAGGUUUGACCUAUCUGCACAACCAAAACAAAAUACACAGAGACAUAAAAGCGGCAAAUAUACUUUUGUCUUCUUCCACGGGUGAAGUCAAACUUGCAGAUUUUGGCGUUGCUGCUCAACUUUCGAACGCCGCUUCCAGACGAUAUACCUUUGUAGGAACCCCUUUUUGGAUGGCUCCAGAAGUUAUACAACAAACCAGCUACGGAACAGCUGCAGAUAUUUGGUCCUUAGGAAUCACGGCUAUAGAGAUGGCAGAGGCAGCGCCUCCUAGAGCAACAAUGCAUCCUAUGCGUGUCAUAUUUGAAAUUCCACAAUCAGAACCGCCAAAGCUGUCUUCUGAUUAUGGUUUGGAAUUUCGAGAUUUUGUAUCUCGUUGUUUAAAGCUCCAUCCUGCUUCUCGUCGUUCCUCGUCUUCUCUGCUAGAGCACCCCUUUAUUAAACGCUCGGGUAAGAUUGAACUCCUAAUUCCCUUACUAUUGGAAAGCAAAAUUUUCUCUAAUGAACAACAAAAUUCUGAAGAUGAUUUCGAUUCAAAUACCACUGAUACGUUAAAAAAGCCAAGCUCUACAUCAAGAUCGAAAAAUACGACCUUUGAUGAUGAUUGGAAUUUUGAAGAUACUGUUCGCAUUACUUCUCCGAAUGAAACAAAAAGGAAUAUCUCCACCGAAACGGCAAAACCACAAAAGCCCCAGUCUUCUUUUUCCAAUUCAGGUUUUUAUCCUUCGUCCGUAAAUUCAACUAAUGCUGAAGCUACUUUGAAGAAGUCCAUAAAAUACUCAUCCAAAGAAAACUCUUAUACUCCAUCUCAUUUUUCUAAACCUUCUCGUCCAAAAAGUCUAGCAACUUCGUGCUUUGACUCAAUAGUUUCUUCAAUUAUUUCAGAUCCUAAUUUGUCCGCUGAUCAAAAGUCCUCUUUAAAAUUAUUAAGUUCCACAUUCAAUUCAUUAGAUGAAGAUACCUCUUCUCGUUUAAUGAACAGUAUUAUGUCAGACAGCAAGCUUAAUGCCAAGAAAAAGAAAAGAGGACCUAUUGCUCAACUAUUGUUUUCUCGAUGGCUAGAAGAAACUGAUAAACGUAGAAGUUCAAGUUAGUGACAUUUUUUCCGAACGAUGAAACGUAUUCAAUGAAAGAAUUGCAUAAUUUAUUCAUAUUAUAUAUUAGUAAAUACAUUUAUAAAGAGC